AUGAAGCCGAUCGUAAAGGUCGGCAUUUUGGUGCUGUGCGUGGUGACGUUGCUGGCGACAGAAUGUCAGGCACAGUUGUCGAAUCCGGUUACUAGAGACUCGCAUGUCAUCAAUGAGGGGAAUAAGUUCCUGACGCGCCACGCGACAGCCGACAGCGAUGCGAUUCCAGCCGUCGACGAGGAGGCGAUGGGAAACAGCCGGUGUCCCGUGAAUCUGGAGCUGCGAUGGCAGGCGGAGGUCAGCAGCAGCAUCUACUCCACUCCCCUCGUCGCUGACAUUAACCGGGACGGCAAGAUGGAGGUGGUGGUGCCGUCCUUCGUGCAUUACCUGGAGGUGCUGGACGGCUAUGAUGGAGAUCGGCUGCAUGGCUGGCCGGCCUUCUACCGCUCCAGCACGCACACGAGCCCUCUGCUGUACGACAUUGACAAGGACGGCGUGAGGGAGAUCAUCCUCGCAGACUACAACGGCGAAAUCCUCUCCUUCACGCCUGGUGGAGAGGAGCUGACUCGUUAUAAGAUGAGUGUGCCACGGCUGCGCAUCCGCAAGGAGUGGUAUGUGGGGCUGGACCCAGACCACGUGGACCAUGCCCACCCCGACAUCCAUGCUCCCAUUGACGAUGCAGUCAAGAACGCAUCCAACCAGCAUCAGGGGGGCGACCUUUUGAACCUACCCACGGCGCACGCCGCUGCCGCUGACGCCCAUGCUGAGCGCGGCGCUGGUGGCUCUGACACCCACGCACCAGGAACACCGGGGCAGGCGCAGGGUCAGCAGGCACAGGGGCAGCAGGCACAGCAGGGGCAGCAAGCGCAGGGGCAGUAUAAGACUCAGCCACUGCAGCAGCAGCCGCAGGAGGUGCAUCACGAGCACCAUCCAGAGCAGCAUCCAGAGCAGCAUCCCGACAAGUUUAUUGAGCAGCAGCAUGCAGCAGCAGGAGGGGGCGGUUUGCCUCAUGGGAGUGACCUGCAGCAGCCAGGCAUCCCCCACGCAGCAGCAGACACCGCGUUUGGCACAGCCACUGCCGCUAGAGUGCUUGCGGACCAGCACCCUCAGGGGCAGGUGCAGGCAGGGGUGCAUGUGGAUGUGCCUCAGAACGACCCCGGUCUGCCCCCUCUUGUUACUGGCGCUGCUGCUGCUACUGGAGGUGCUAGUAGCGGGUGGAUUGACUUGCCCCCGCCUGUAGAAGCGGCCGGGCACGGCGCAGGCGUUGCUGCUGCUGGUGCUGGUGGUGCUGCUGGGGGCGCUGCUGGCGGUGCUGUUGCUGGGGGUGCUGGUGCUGCUGCAGGAGGGGGAGGGCGAGGAGCAGCGUUGGCAGAUUUGGAUUGUGGGAAGGACGGGUUGUGCAGCAAAGAGGCGCAUGCUGCAGCAGAGGCUAAAGCAGCCGCUGCUGCUGCUGCUGUGGCUGCCGCCAUGAGUGGGGGAAUCGCAGCAGCAACCGCAGCGGGGCAGCAAGCGCAGCAGGGGCAGCCACUGCCGGGGCAGGGGCAGCAGCAGGUGGAAGGUUCUGGGAAGAUCCAAGCAACGGAGGCGGAUUUACAGAAGAUCCAGUCGUGGGAGAAGUGGUACCAGGAUGUGACGGCCAAGGGGGGCGGAGUGAUGGGGGAGAAGGAGCAGGCGCUGUGGAAGCAUUACCAGGACUGGAGGAGCAAACUGCUGCUCCCGGGGGAAAACACGCCUGGUGCUGCUGCUGGUGGUGGUGUUGCUGGUGGUGGAGGUGUGCAUGGGGCGCGUAGGCGGCUGCUGCAGGUGCAUGAGGAGAAGGCAGGGGUAGGGGCAGCACGCAGGAGGCUCCUGGAGGUGCACGGGGACCACCAUGCUGGCGACCACGAGGAUUUCCCCACAGCAGAGCCGGACAGUGAGCUGGAUGAAGAGGGCGCAGAGUCUUGGGACGUGUUCAAGGAUGAUGAUGACUACCGGCAGUGGGAGGGCGAUGGGGAUGACUGGGCAGGGAACAACGAGGGCGAGGGGGAGGCAGCGGGGGAGGGGGAGGAGCUGGGGGGAGAGGAGCACGAGGGGCACGGCGGGUGGGGGCAACAUGGAGAGGGGGAGACACACAAGGAGGAGCACGUAGAGAAGGAUGAGGGGGAGGAUGAUGAGUGGGGGGGACCGCGCGCGGAGAAGGAGGAUGGGGACGAGUAUCAGUACGAUUAUGAUGACUAUGUGAAUGAGAACAUGUGGGAGGACGAGGACUGGACGGAGGCGGAGCAUGAGGCGGAUAAGGAGUACAUCCUUGUUGACUCGCACAUCCUCUGCACACCGGUGAUAGCGGACAUUGACAACGAUGGCCAUGAUGAGCUGGUGGUGGCGCCAUCUCACUUCUUCGACCGAGAGUACUACGAGGAUCCGGCGCACAAGCACGAGUUGGAGGAGGGGGUGGACAUGAGCAAGUACAUCGGGGGCGCCAUUGUGGUGUUCGACCUGCACACACAGCAGGUCAAGUGGUCGCAGCACCUGGACCUCACCACCGACAGCACGCAGUUCCGCGCCUACAUCUACUCGGCUCCCACUGUUGUGGAUCUGGAUGGAGAUGGCUUCCUGGAGAUCAUUGUUGGAACGUCCGUGGGUUUCAUCUACUGCCUUGACGCCUUUGGCAAGGUGAAGCCUGGCUUUCCUCUGCAGAUGGGCGAGGUGCAGGGGCAGGUGGUGGCAGCAGACGUGAACCACGAUGGCAAGCUCGAGAUCAUUGCAGCCGACACCCGCGGCAACGUCGCUGCCUUCACCUCGGAGGGCAAGGAGGUGUGGGAGCGGCACCUGGCGUCGCUCAUCGCGCAGGGGGCAAGCGUGGGCGAUGUGAAUGGAGAUGGAUUUACGGAGGUGGUGAUUGGGUCUUCUUCGGGGCAUAUCUACGUGCUGGAUGGGCGCACAGGCAAGGACGUGGGCGCCUUCCCCUUCCGCACGCACGGGCGCAUCAUGGCGCCGAUUCUGCUGGUGGACCUGCACAAGCACGCGGGCAGCAAGGGGCAGCAUGCUUCGGCUUCAACUGGGCUGCAUCUGGUGGUGGUGUCGUUUGAUGGGUUCCUGUACGCCGUGGAUGGACGGACAGGAUGCGCCGACACUUUCGACAUCGGGGAAACAUCGUACAGCAUGGUCCUGGCGGAGAAUGUGGACGGGGGAGACGACCUUGACCUGGUGGUUUCCACCAUGAAUGGCGCUGUGUACUGCUUCCAGACGUCCGUGCAGUACCACCCUCUCAAGGCGUGGCCAUCCCAGAACCAGGGGCGCAAUGUGUUCUUCCCACGCUACGGUCACGAGGGCAUCUACAUGCUGCCGCACUCCCGCCAGUACCGUGACAUUGGCAAGGACUCCUUCCGUGUCAGCUUCGAGAUCGUGGACGCCCGUAACCCGCUUGGGCACGGCGGGGUGUAUGGCACUCAGAUCGGACCGUACAAGGUCAAGGUGUGGCUUUUUGACGACGCAAAGAGGGAGCUGACACACGAGGAGACCUUCCAGCACGCGGGCGUGCACACGCUGGUGAUCCCCACGCCCAAGCGCCGCACGCACGCCACCUUCUUCAUUGAGAUGGAGGACGAGCGCCGCCUGCACUUCCAUGAUGAAUUCGCCCUCUCCUUCCACAUCCACUUCUACCGCCUCCUCAAAUGGAUUCUCGCCCUCCCGCUGCUCGUCAUGGCGGCGGCACUUGUUGCUCGCUCUGCGCCUGAUUCGGGCCCGGACCUGCCAUCCUUCUCCCCUGCCAGUCGCCAUCUUGCUUGA